CUGCACCAGCAGUAACGGCGCCUAGUCCUUUAGUCGUGAACGGGAAUGAGGGGAAAAUGAGCGAGGAGUCUGCAGUUAAAGUUUGCGUUAGGGUUCGACCCCUUAUUAAACGGGAAGAGGCGGCGGCAGAGAGUGCAGAGCCUGUACAGUUGUACUGGAAAGCUGACAAACAAGCCAUACAUCAGACUGACGAUGAUGGCAACCUCACCAAGAGUUUUGGCUUUGACCGCGUUUUUAGCGCAGAGGAGUCCACCAGUCAACUCUAUCAAGACAUAGCCAAACCUCUCGUCGUGUCGACCGUUGAAGGAUACAAUGGAACCAUAUUUGCCUAUGGUCAGACGUCUUCUGGAAAGACUUUUACAAUGAUGGGCAGUGACCACACCCCUGGGGUUAUACCACUUGCCAUGUCCGAUGUCUUUCAAACCAUCAAAAAUUGUCCAAAGAAAGAGUUCCUCCUGCGAGUGAGCUACAUGGAGAUUUAUAAUGAAACGGUAACCGAUCUGCUUUGUGAUAGUUGGAAAAGAAAACCGCUGGAAAUCCGUGAAGGAAACUAUAAAAAUGUCUAUGUGGCCGACUUGACGGAGGAGCUGGUGACGUCUCCGGAGCAAGCCCUGGGCUGGAUCCGCAAAGGAGAAAAAAACCGGCAUUAUGGGAAGACCAAAAUGAACCAGCGGAGCAGUCGCUCCCACACGAUUUUCCGCAUGAUAUUGGAGAGCAGAGAGAGAAGUGACCCCAUGUCUGGGGAAAAUGCCGAUGGAGCUAUCAUUGUGUCACAUUUGAACUUGGUGGAUCUUGCUGGUGCUGAACGAGCCAGUCAGACAGGAGCUGAGGGAGCCCGUUUUAAAGAGGGAUGCAAUAUCAACCGCAGUCUGUUCACCUUGGGACAAGUCAUCAAGAAACUGUCUGAUGAGAGCCAGAAGGGUUUCACAAACUACAGGGACAGUAAACUAACCCGAAUCCUCCAAAAUUCUCUGGGUGGCAAUGCCAAAACGGUCAUCAUCUGCACCAUCACCCCUGCCACUGUAGAUGAAACCCUGAGCACUUUGCAGUUUGCUAGUGCAGCAAAGCGUAUGAAGAACGACCCCCAUGUUACAGAGGUCUCUGAUGACGGUGCACUUUUGAGAAGAUAUCGCAACGAGAUUGUGGACCUCAAGCGACGUCUUCAGGAGGUUUCCUCUGUCACCCAGACAACUGUAACUGAGAAGGAAACACUGUGCCAACUCCUACAAGAGAAAGAUCAACUCCAGAGGGAGCAAUCGGAUAGAAUAAGGAACUUGACAAAGUUAUUGGUAACGGCAUCAAAUGUGGUCCAGGUUCAGAAGAUUCCUAAGAGAAGGAUGACAUGGGGUGGGAAGCUCCUAAGAUCUGCCCAGUCUGUGGCUGAAGAUCAUGGAUCUGCUGACUUGAGCUUUGCUGAGCCCUUUUUGAAAAAGAGGAGAGCUGAUAUUACCGUGAAUGAAGAAGGAGAAGACUUGGAUGACUUUUACAGUAUCGCAGAAGAUACCUCCAUUGAUACUGAGAUGAACCAGAGCAACGUUACAAUGCGUAGCUCUGCAGAGGGCAUUUGCCCUGACUCACCCCAGCUAAUGUUUAGAGUGGAGUGUUUGGAGCGUCAGUUGGAGACUGAGGCUCAAGAAAAACAAAAAGCUGAAGAAAAGAGUUUGGCUCUGGAGCAGAAGAUGGAAGAGAUUGAGAAACAACUACAAACCCUGGAACAACAGUUAGAGAAUGAAGUUCAACAGAAACAAAAAGCUGAGGAGAAGUGUUCUGCACUGGAGCUAAAGGUUGUAGACCUGGAGAAGCCUUCAGACCAGGAGAAGACACACAAUGCUUGUGAAAAUUGCAAGUACAUUGGGGAAACCAUCCAGCUGUGUGAGACUCUCAGCUUUGAGAGGGAAACCAUAGCUGCAGAGCGGGACAUUCUAAAACAGACCAUUGAGCUAAUAACUGAGGAUGCUGAGAGAUUAAAACAAGACAAUGAAGCACUUCUCAAAGACAAAGAGGCACUGCUGAAAGACAAAGAGACUCUAUUGAGAGACAUGGAAGAGAGGAAGGAUGCUGAAGAGUUUGAGAAACUGGAGGAGGAGAGCAAAAAAGAUUAUGAGAGAGAGUUGGAGGCUGAAAUCUCUGCACUGAAAAAGUCCUCAACAAAUGCUGAAGAUCUGGUCCAGAAGCUUAACGCUGAUCUAGAGAAAAUGUCAGUGAAGCUGAAAAAGAAAGAAGACUUGGUUACUGAGUUGCAGACUAUGAGUGGCAAGGAUCUUGUUCAAGAGGUAACUCAACUGCGACGUUCAUUAGAUGAUGCAGAAGUUCUCAGUUUGGAGACCAAAAAGGAAUGGGCUUUCCUACGCACUGAAAAUCUGUCCCUCAAAGAGAGAGAUGCAACUUUGACUGCACAAUAUGACCAUAUGGAAAAUGAAGUAAAAACUUUGCAAAGCCAGCUUGAAAAGGAGAAAUCUCGUUUCAAGAAAAUGCAGGCUGAUCUACAGAAGGAGCUGCUUGGGGCUUUCGAUGAGAACACAAAGCUGACUGCUCUUCUGGAUGGAAAGGUUCCCAAAAAUGUUUUGGAUAACUUGACGUUGGAGAAGACAGUUGUCGAGUUAAAGAAGGAGCUUGAGAAGAGCCAGGAGAAAGAGAGAGCUCUGCAAAGUGAAAUGGAGGCGAUGAAGGCUCUUCCUGCUAAAGUGGAUGAUUUGUUAAGUCAGGUAUGUGAGCUCAACAGAGAACUCUACUCUGCGCAAGAAGAGAGGGACAAUCUCCUCUCUACUCAGGCGUCCUCCACUGAAGAAUAUCACAAACUUAAAGAAGAGGCAGAAAAAGCACAGGAAGAUAUUGUGAAAAUAAGGAGUGUUUUGGCUGAUGCAGAAAUAAAGGAAGCUCAACUGAGCCAACAGCACAAGGAGACUGCAGAGCAGCUUGCAGUGGUCCAAACAGAUCUGGAACACACAUCCGAGGAAAAUGUCUGUCUUCUCCGUGCCGUGGAGGAAGCUAAACAGAAGUCUGUGCAGCUGGCUGAAGAACUUGAAUCUCUUCGUUGUGAAAGAGAUCAUCUGUCUGAGGAAGCUAAAGAUGUUCAGAUUUGCCAUCAGGAGCUGCAGAAUCUUCGCUUGGUUGUCAUCUCCACAACUGAAGAGAGAGACCAACUUCAGGAGAUGAUCCAGGGUCUGAAGGAGGAGAGAGAUCAGCUUAAGAAGGAUAUGGAAGAAAAUGUGGAGAUGAUGAUUGAAAAUCAAGAAGAAUUAAGAACUGCUCUGGAGAAGAUAAAAGUGCAGCAAGACCAGAUAGUUCAGCUGGAAGCACAGACUGCUCUGCUUGAAUCGAAGCUCUCAAAUUCACAUGGUACUCAGGGCAGUCUUGAGGAUCUGCAAAAUCAGGUGAAGCAGUUAAAGGAGGAACUCCAGUGUGCCUGUGCAGAGAAGGACAAUAUUUUGGCUGAGAAGCAUCUUAAUAACUCGGAGUUGCAGAGGAUGCAGGCUAAUAUCGCCUCUCUAAUAGAAGAGAGAGACCAGCUUCAAGAGAUAUUGCAAGGACUAAGAGAGGAGAAGACCCAGCUAAAGAGAGAAAUGGAAGAAAAAGAUGAGAUGAUCCUCUGCCUCCAGGCGGAGGUAAAUAAGGAGCAGCUUGCCAUUUCUGAGGAUCAACACUCCAACUUGUCCUACAAUGUUACUGAAGAGAAAGAGGCUCAACUUCAGCAGAUGCAGGAUCUCAAGAAGGAGUGUGAAGAACUGGCACAGGAGAACACUCAGCUUAGAAGAGAACUUCAAGAUUUGUCUGAGAAGGUGAGUGAGCUCACUGAAGCACUUCAUACUGUGCAAGAGGAGCGGGGUAGUGUUCUCGCAGCUCAGACCACCUUGAAUGAAGAAAAUAAAAGCCUUAAGGAAGAGAUUGAAAAGACCCGAGAGGAGCUUCUCAAAAUGGAGACUGAGCUUGUUGACUCCCAGCUGAAGGAAGCUCAGCUAAGCCAGCAGCUCACAGAAAACACUGAGCAGCUUGCAAAGGUCCAGAGAGAAUUGGAACAGUUUUCCAUGGAAAAUAACAAAUUGCUUGCUUCUUUGGAGGAGGCCAACCUUAAAUCGGCACAGUUUGGUGAGGAACUCGGCUCUCUUCGUUGUGAAAGAGAACAGCUUCUUUCUGAGAAGAUGAAGGAAGCUUGUAACCCAGAGGAAGUUGAGGGCCUUCAUGAAACUGUUAUCUCAAUAACUGAGGAAAGAAACCAGCUUCAGGAGAUUUUGCAGAGUCUGAGAGAAGAGCAUAAACAGCUAAAGAAGGAACUGGAAGAGAGCAAUGACAUGCUUAUCCAGGCCCAGGAUAAAGUGAAGCACAGUGAACUUGCGUCAGACCAAACAACUUCUUGUGUACAAGAUGAACUUCUUCAGCAAACACAGCAGCUGCAAGCACGACUGCAUGCACUGACUGAGGAGAACCAGCAAAUGAAACUGGAUCUUCAGGAGAACGUGGAGAUGAUGAUUGAAAAUCAAGGAGAGUUGAGGGCAGCGCUGGAUAAUGUGAAAGACCUGCAAGACAAAGUACUUGACCUAGAAUCACAGAGGGAUCAACUUGAGUCCAGACUCUCCAGUUCCGAUUGCUGUGAGGAAUCUAAACCUGAGGAUCUGAAAAUGCAGAUUAAGCAGCUGAGUGAAGAACUCAGAGCUGUUUAUGAUGAAAAAGACAGUCUUCAAUCUGAGAAUGCAGAAAUUAAGAUAGACGCUGCAGAGUUUGAGAGGGUACAGACCAGCAUCACUUCUAUUACUGAGGAAAGAGAUCAGCUCCUGAAUGUACUCCAGGAACUGCGAGAAGAGAAGAGUCAACUAAAGAAUGACCUUGAAGAGAAGGACGGGAUGAUAAUGCAGUUGCGAGAGGAACUUCAGUCAGCCAGCGCAGAGAGAGACCAAUUUCUGUGUCUGAGAACCAAAGAUGAUAUGGAGGACACUGCACUGAAGAUGAUUGAAGCCAAUGUUGCUGCUCUCACUGAAGAGAGAGACCAGCUCCUGGAGAUACUGCAAGGUCUGAGAGAAGAGAAGAACCAGAUGAAGACUGACCUGGAAGAGAAAGAUGGAAUGUUAAUGCAAUUGAGAGAGGAGCUCCACUUUACUAGUGCUGAGAAGGACAAUUUACUGGCAGAUAACAAGGCAGAGUUGGAGGCAUGUCAAGUAAGCAUCCUUUCUCUGACUGAAGAGAGAGACCAUAUCAGAGAUGAGAAUAAACAGCUGAAGAUGGAGCUAGAGGACAAGAAUGAGAUGAUGAUGCAUUUAAGAGAGGAACUUCAGUCUUUGACUGCUGAGAAAGACCAUCUUCUCUUAGAAAGAUCCAAAGACGGUCUUCCAAGUCUGUGUGAGAUCGAGCAGGUUCAAGCAGAAAUUGCUUCCAUCACUGAGGAGAGAGAUCAGCUUUUGGAAAUAGUGCACAGCCUGAGAGAGGAGAAGAUCCAGCUGAGGGCUGAAUUUGAGGGAAAAAAUGACAUGAUGCUGCAGCUGAAGGAAGAAGUCCAGAGUAUUACUGCUGAAAAAGAUUGUCUUUUGGCUGAAAAUGCUAAAAGCAACAUGCAGGAGAUGGAGAGACUUCAAGUAAGCAUUUUGUCUUUAACUGAAGGGAGAGACCAGCUCAUGGAUGCAUUGCAGGUGCUGAGCGAGGAGAAGAACCAGCUCAGUACAGACCUGCGAAAGAAGGAUGAGAUGGUGCUGCGGCUGAAAGAAGAAGUCCAGAGUGCAGCUGCUGAAAAGAAUAGUCUCUUGGCUGAGAACGCUGAAAGCACAAUGCAGGAGCUGGGGAGACUUCAAACAAGUGUUCUGUCUUUGACUGAAGAGAGAGAUCAGCUUCUGGAAGUAAUGCAGGGACUAAGGGAGGACAAUAACCAGUUGAGGAAAGAUCUUGAGGAGAAGACUGACAUGAUGAUGCAGUUGAAAGAGGACGUCCGCCGUGCUUCUGUUGAGAAGGAUCAUCUUUUGGCUGAAAGUGCUAAAAUCGACCUGGAUAACAUGCAGGAGAACGAGAGACUUCAGACAAGCAUCAUCUCUCUAACUGAAGAGAGAGACCAGCUCCUAGAAGUAAUACAGGGCAUAAGGGAGGAGAAGAACCAGCUUAGGGUAGACCUGGAGAGGAAGGAUGAGAUGAUACAGCAGUUGAAGCAAAAUCAGGCUACUGAGAGAGACCAAUUACUGAUGAAGGAUGCUUCAUGCAGUAUCUCUGACAGCUCUGGUUUAUCCACUAAUAUUAAUGAGGAUGGAGAUCGCCUCCAGGAGCUCCUGCAAGGAGUUAGAGAGCUCAUCCAAGUCCAAGGUGAGUUAAAGCAACAGAAACGCCACAGUUCAGAACAGCUGACCCCUGCAGAGACACGAGAAGCUGAGCUUCAACAGAUGCUGGUCCUCAAGGAGGAAGUUGAGUCUUUGAGGAAUGAGAGAACAGUGCUCAGAAAAGAUCUUCAGGAAGCUGCUGAAAUGUCCAAAGCCUAUCAGGAAAUGCUCCAUUCCACCAAAGAGGAGCUGAAGCGGCAGCAGAAAGAGAAUGUUGACUUUAAGACCCAAAGUGCUGAAAAGGAGUCUCUGCUUAAUCAGCAGCUGUCCCAGUUGAGUGAAGAUCUUUUGUCUUUGAGAGGCUCGAAAGACCAACUUCUGGCAGAGAAAACCUCUGAAACUCAGAAUCUCAACACGGAGUUGCAGAAUCUUCGAACGCACAUUACCUCUCUUGAGGAAGAUAAAGAGAAGCUUGAUGAAAUGCUUGAGCAUGCCAGAGAAGAGAGCAUUAAACUGAAUGAUGUUCUUAAGGAGAGUGAGGAAAAGAUACACCAGUUGACUCAAGAGCUAGAAUGUUUUGCUGGCAUAAAAGACCAGCUCCUGAAUGAAAAGACACAUGCAGACCAGCUCCAGGAGGUUCUCAAUGGGGUCAGAGAAGAACGUGACCAACUCAGGAGAGAAGUGGAGGAAAAAAUGGAAGAGCUAACACACACAGAAGAGAAAGUUCAAGGACUAGAGAAGCAGAAAAUGGUGCUUGAAUCUGAUGUCAGUUCUUUGAGCCAGGUCAAAAUUGCACAGAGAACACUGAAGUUUGUUUCUGAGACUGAAGCCUCUAAUGAGAUGCUUAAGGCUGCCUUCUUGAAGCUCCAGAGAAUCAUUGACUGUCCAACACCCAUAGAUCCUCUGGCAGAUGACAAUAGCAAAGAAUGCGCCUUGUUCUAUGAACUGCUGGCAUUUGUUCCGAAGUCUCAUAGAGCUGUAUAUGGAAAUCUUGCCGCGAAGACAUAUCAGCUUAGCGACAUUCUAGGGAAAACUGGGGAAACCAUAAAGAGACUAGCACAGCGCCACAAGGCUCACUUUGCGACUCAAGUCCAGCGUGAUGUGGCAUCCUUUGAGGAGAGAAGGCUGCAGGAUUUGCUUAUUCGGCGAGCUCAGGCUCCUUCGCAAGCCCUCCAUGUAGUCCAGGAGGACUUGCAGGAGAUUUGGGACCAGCGACUUCUGGAGUUGUUGGAAAAACGCAAGCAAUACCUGCAGAAAAUGAACAGCAUUCUGGAGGUCCUUGAAGAUGGUGUAGCCAAGCAUGCAGUCACUCUCUCAGAGGAACGUCAGGCACGGGCUUGCUCCUUUGAGGAGACCAGAGCGUUGGCCAGAACUUCAGACGCUGCAUCUAUUUUGCGGUUCUUCGAGCGAGAACUUGUACGCCGUACGACUUUGACUGAGCGUCAGAGAUUACUCCGCAAACGCCUGUUGGACAUGUAUGACUCUGCAGUCACUGUCCUAAAGCCCUUGGAGUCUGAGUCAGAGGAAAGGCUGAGGGAGGAGCAGCGAGAGAACCUGGCACUGCUUCCAGCUCAGAACAAUGACAGACCCAAGACUGAGGCUGAACUACUGCAAGACAAACAGCACCUCUCCCUUCAGUUGCAACAGGCUCAGAGACAGGUGGAGGUGAUUCAAAGGAGAAUGGAGGAGUUGAAGGUCCAGGCAGAUGCAUCCAACCAAAAACAUCUUGCCAUGCUUCAGGAGCUAAGUUCAGAUUUAAAAGCAAAAGAGGACCUCAUCCAGAACCUUCAAGCAAACCUGAAAGAGACAGAGGCCCUUGCAAAGAUAAAAAUGCCACCUAGCGCUGCUGAAAUGGAGGCCUUGAAGGACAAACUGGUGAAGAUGGAACUGGACCACAUUGCUGUUACUACUUGUCAUGAAAAAGAACUAGCACAGUUAUCCUCAGUGUUGGAGCACAGAGAAGAGGUCAUUCGGAAGCUGAAAGAAAACCUCAGGAAAACCCAACAGGAGGAAGAGCAUUCAUUUGUGGAGGGUGAGCAGUCUCAUCCUAAGGCAGGCUCUCAGUCCAAAACUCUGGCAUGUCUUAAAGAAACAAAAAUUGAGGAGCUGGAGAAGAAAACUGCACACUUUGAAAGCCUUGUGACCAAGCAACAAGAGGAAAUCACUAAAUGGAAGAACAGGGCUUACAAGCUGAGGGAAAGCAAGAAAGAAGCUCCACAGUCACCACGCACUCCAUCCAAGCGGCAGCCCCCACUGACUGAAAGUGAAGUGAACUCCCCGAAGAGAGCAUUCAUUGACUCUCCAAAAAGCAAGUUCUUCGAUGUCCGCUCAGGGGCAGAGCCCUUGUCUCUCAAGUGCCCUAAGCAGUUCUUCGAUAACUCUGGCCUUGGGACCAUGCCUGAAAUCUCAUGUGUACCAACUGAUGCAUCUGUGGAUUCUUCAGAAAGCAAUGAUGAGGAUGCCAGCUCUAGCGCGGCAAACUCAGACAAUUGGUGGCAUCUUUCAAACUCCUCACCACGCAAAGCAAACGCUAACAUGGAUACCAACGGAUGUCCAACACAGUGAUCAAUCUUUCUUGGUUUUUAUGUUGUAAUUAUUUUUAACUGUAAUGUCUGUACAUAGUAAGUUCUCUCUUUUGUUUGUUUGACUUUUAUUGUGGAAUAAACUGUUACUGCUC